CUUUGGCUUGUCUAGUGGCUGGUGGUCAUUGAGUGCACCCACGUGGCCUUACAUACAGCCAGGCUUUCAUGUCAGGGGUCUGUGGUUAAGAGAAUUGCUGUAUGACUAUAACAAUGGCUGUAUGGUGCUGCUGGGAGUUCAAGUCCUACAGCCAGAAGCUGAACUGUUCUGUCUACUCGGGAGUAGGGCAUGUAACCUGAGAGGGUACAGAGUUUCUGCCUGUUCUUAUGUAGGUUUAGGCUGAAUGGACUCUGUAUUGUGUUAGUUGCCACGUCAGGCAUUGGUACCAGUUGCUUACACUGGAAUGAUGAAGACAAACAGAUCUUUAUAUGUCAGCAGGUGUUCCUUGCAUAUGGCAUAGACAAACCACUGCUGAACAAUGAGCGUGGAGCUUGAUGCACUAGCAGUUGUGAACCAGCUGCGUGAUUUGGCAUCUGAUCCCUUAAACCGCCGAGCAAUUGUACAGGAUCAAGGUUGCCUUCCAGGCCUUAUUUUAUUUCUCGAUCACCCCAACCCACAAGUGGUCCAUUCUGCAUUACUGGCGCUUCGCUAUUUAGCAGAAUGUCGCACCAACCGAGAGAAGAUGCGAUGCGAGCUGGGCAUGAUGCUGAGCCUACAGAAUGUCAGUCAAAAAACUAAAACACCAGGUGAAACGCAACUUUUAGCCACUGAGGUUUAUGACCUUCUCCAGGGCACCAGCACAGCAGAUGGAGACUGUACGAAUGAAAUGAAUUCAAGGAGGAGAAAAGCACAGUUUUUCCUGGGGGCUACCAAUAAACGUGCCAAAACUGUGGUUCUGCAUAUUGAUGGCCUUGAUGACACAUCUCGCAGGAGUCUAUGUGAAGAUGCUCUGUUGAAAAUCAAAGGAGUCAUCAGUUUUACAUUUCAAAUGGCAGUUCAGAGAUGUGUGGUCCGGAUUAGAUCUGACUUAAAGGCAGAGGCUUUAGCUUCAGCAAUAUCAUCCACCAAGGUAAUGAAAGCUCAGCAAGUUGUGAAGGGUGAAACUGGUGAGGAGCUGCUGGUGCCGUUUCAAGACUCUCCUGUGGAUGUAGAAGAGAAUACAGAUUUGCCAGACUACUUGCCCGAGGAUGAGAGCCCCAUGAAAGAACAAGAUAAAGCUGUAUCUCGCGUGGGGGCUCACCAGGAUGGCGCGGGUAAUUGGCUCAGCACUGCAGCAAACUUUUUAUCAAGGUCCUUCUAUUGGUGACUGAGGUUUGGAAGGAAAAGACUGCUCAGUGACUUGAAGACAGCUGUUCAUCUGCCUAAUGAACUGCAAAGAGCAACUUGCAAUAAAAUACCACCGGAAAAAAAAAAGAUUUUAAACCACGCAAACUCUGCUGUGUUUUACCUAUUCAUCAAAAGCUGAACCUGUAAAGCUGUCUCAAGGACAAGGCCGCAGGAGAUAUUGCACCAUUUUAUUGCGUGUUGCCUCACUUUGUAAAUGGGUCCAUGGUUUGCUAUUACACUGUCCUGUCAUAAGCCAAAUAAUUGUGAUGGUGAACACGCGUUACUCAGUGACAGCCUUAAAGUGAUUGGUCCACCUCAAUUCUCAGGACGUAUCUUCCCAUUAAAUUAGCCGUGCAUGAACACCGUUAAGAUUUUUUUUUUUUUGUUGCCUUAUUCUUUUCUCUCUAUAUAAACAGCUAGUGAACUUCUAAAUGUGGCUUUAUUUUUAAUUCUCAUCAGCAAUGCAAAUGAAAUUUUGUCACAAAAAGUGACCGAUUUCCUAAACUGAAA